ACCAGACAGAUCUUGCUUAGCCUCCAGCAGGCCUGCCCGCGAAGCGGUGCAGGAGGCAGACACACUCCCGACAUGCCCGCUGCUGUGGUCCGGAGCGGCUCAAGCGCCACCCCUUCUACCGGCAAGAGCUUAUCGACCAGCACGAAGGCGGAGGCGGUUAAGGCCCAAAGCGAAAUCCUGGCACGCAACUCUGCACGUGACUCUGGUACAUUUGUCGAUGGAGACAGCGGAAGCGAGGAUGGAAACGACGAGGACCACGGCUCGGCGAUCAUGCAGGCGAAACGCGAGGGGCAGAUGCGGGAUGGCCGCACUUCUCGGGGCAACGCCGCGGAGAGCGGCAGCCAAGGCACGUCACGCAACCCCGCUAAGCGUCAGCGGACAAUCAACGACAACCAAGCUCGACGUGAUGAAGGGCUUGAACGGGAGCAAGAAUACGAAGAGUAUGAGGAGCCGGAAGAGGAUGGCGAGGAGCCGGAAGGGGCUGAAGCAGAGAUCGAGGUGGAACGCGCUGUUGCCGAACGAGAUGCCCAUGACGCCUACAUCCCUGGCUCGAUCGUACGCGUAGAGCUGCAUAACUUUGUCACAUACGACCACGUCAUCUUCCACCCUGGUCCCUACCUAAACAUGAUUAUCGGCCCGAAUGGUACAGGCAAGUCGACGAUUGCAUGUGCCAUUGCUCUCGGGCUUGGCUACAAGCCCGCGCUUCUUGGUCGCGCAAACGAUGUGGCCAGCUUUGUCAAGCAAACCAAAGGCAUCGGCUGGAUCGAGCUAGAGCUCAAGGGCCACCCCGCGCAACCAAACCUUGUCGUACGCAGGAACCUCAAGGAGAAGCAAAACACGAGCAACUUUCUCAUCAAUGGUGUUAAGAGAAGCUCAAAGGAAGUGACGGAAAAAGUGCGCGAAUAUAAUAUUCAGAUUGACAAUCUGUGCUCAUUCUUGCCGCAGGACAAGGUAACUGAGUUUGCUAGGAUGACGCCCAAGGAGCUCUUGGUCGAGACGAUCAAGGCCGCGGCCGAUGGCGCCACACUGCUCAAGCACUACCACCGCCUGCUCGAUUACAGCAAGAUGCUCCGGGUGAUCAACAGUGAGCUGCGGACCAGCCGCGAGGAAUGCGAGCAGUUGCAGCAGCAGAACCAGCGCCUCCAGCGUGACGCGGACCGACAUGCAGAGCGGCAGCAGAUGGCGGAGCGCGUCGAGAUUCUCGAGGUUGCGCUGAAGAUGGCCGAAUUGAUGAAGGCACAUCACAUGGCAAGGAAGCUGAUCGAGCGCAAGAGAGUCUUUCGGAUGCGGUUCGUCGAGUUCACCGCUCGCAUGAAGCCGCUGACAGAGCGUCUGGAAGAGGUGCAGGAGAUGGAAAGCAAGCUCAAGGCCACCAACAAGGUGCAGACUGAUCACCAGGAAAAGACGCAGAGGGCGGUGCGAAAGCUGGAGGGCGAGCUAAAGAAGUUGGCGAUGUUCAAGCAGAAAACAGAGCUGGAAUUGGACGGCCUGGCGAACAACGAGCGUGGAAGGGCAAAGCAGGUUGAGACGCUCAAGGAGGCCAUCGCCGAGCUCGAAGAGCGCGUCGCGGCAGGCGCACCGACUGUGGAGACGAGCAAUGUCGACAAGCGGCUCGGUGACAUUCGUCGACAACAGGUCGGGCUCAUGCGCCGAGUGCAGGACAGCAAUGAGGAGGCAUCGAGGAUCCAAGAGCAGGCGUCCACCAACAAGCGACAGGUAGAGCGCGUCUCGACGCAGUUGCGGAACCUGAACAGCGUCAAGAACGUUCGCUUCGAGGCGCUUCGUAGCAGCGAUGCCGGCUGCGCGAAAGCGGUCGAAUGGCUGCGCGAGAACAAGCAAAUGUUCACCGGGCGCGUCUACGAGCCUGCGCUGCUGGAGCUCGAGGUCGUUCCUGAACACAAGAACUUGACACACGCGGUCGAGCGCCUGAUCUCAUGGAAGCAGCUCAAGACUUUCGUCUGCGAGCUGCGCGCCGACUACGACCUGCUCAACCAGAAGCUCAACGAUGAGCUCAAGCUCCACGUCAACAUUGAGGACAUCGAGGGCAUGCACGAGGUGGAGCAGUUCCAGCCUCCCAUGAGCAGACAAGAUGUGCGCAAGCUCGGCUUUGUCGAUUAUGCUAUCCACCUCGUGAAUGGCCCAAAUGCCAUCCGCGACUUUCUCUGCUUCAAGGCAGGGUUGCAUAAGAUUCCGGUUGCCGUGGAUUCAUGUGCUGUCAACGUAGCCAGAAUCGAAGCUAGCAGGAAGUUCAAUCGUUACAUUGUUGGAGAUGUCAGCUACUCCAUAACCUACUCGCAGUACAACAACUCUGCUUCCUCCGAAUCUCAGCUGAUCAAAAACGCGCGGAACCUCGUUCAUUCCAUCGAUCGCAAAAAAGUCGAACAGCUCGACAGAGAGAUGAAGGAGCUGCACGAGCAGAUGACGACGUUGCAGGCGAGCAUGGCUAAGAUCGAAACAGAGAAGGCGAAGGUGUCCGCUGAGAGUACUCAGCUUGACGAAGAGAAGAAUGAUCUUAUUUCCAGGAAAAAGGAAGUGGAGCGUGCGCUCAGGGCAUAUAAUGAAGACAAGGUCAAUCUCAACGCGAAGCAGGAAAAUCUGAAACGUCUCCUGGAGAAGCCAAGCGUGGAGGGCCAGAGAAAGAGGCUAAAGGCUAAGCUUGCGGACGCUGCCAUCCGAUUGACAACGCUGGCUCAAGACCUUAAGAGCCAUCGCCUCACCGAGUUGCAUCAACUGCAUGAGUCCAAUCUGCUUCGCCUCGCUACAAUCCAGACUAUAGCCAAUUUGAACAAGGUCAAGGAAGUCAUUUCCAUCGCGAAUGGCGAAGGCGACCAGAUGCGAGAAGAUGCCCAAACUUUGUCUCUCGACCUCAAGAGGGCGAAAAAGCGCGUCAUGCGGCUGCACGCCGAGUCACACCAGGCAUUACAAGAGUGUCCGUUGCACAUCACGCAGAAACUGCAAGAGAUGCAAGAAGGCGGCCUGCCAUCCAGAGACGAAAUGUUGACGGAGCAGGCCGAACUUCGCGCCAACUUGGAUGGCGCACCGCAGAUCUCCGACGAUAUUGUCCGCCGAUAUGAGGAGAAGAAGGCAAAAAUCGAGGAGCUGGAGCGUAUUAUCGAGGAGAAGGAGAACACGCAGGCGCAACUGACGGCUAAGGUCGCAAAGUACCGCGCAAAAUGGGAGCCGCCGCUGCGAAGGUUGAUCAACAAGGUCAACGAGAAGUUCUCGGAUGCCUUCGAACGCUUCAACUGCGGUGGCGAAGUCGCUCUCUCUCAGGGUAACGCCACUGGCGAAGACGCGGACCUGGCGUUCGAGGAGUGGUGUGUUGAGAUUCGCGUCAAAUUCAGAGAGAAAGAGGAAUUACAGCUCCUCACAGGCGAGAGGCAGUCUGGUGGUGAACGUUCCUUGUCAACGAUUAUGUACUUGAUGAGCUUGACCGAGUUGGGCUCCUCGCCUUUCUCUCUCGUCGACGAGAUCAAUCAGGGUAUGGACCAGCGUGCCGAGCGACUCGUGCACGACCAGAUGGUUCUCACUACAUGCCGCGCCAAAGCUAGCCAAUACUUCUUGAUCACACCCAAGCUGCUGACUGGCUUGAAAUACCACCCGCUGAUGCGCGUGCUGAUCAUCAACAACGGAGACUACCUGCCGAGCAAGUUCAGCAUGCGAGACUACAUUCAGCCUAAAUCAAAUACAAUCACUGCGCGUGCCUGAGACAUAUUCCAGCGAGACCGACAAACAAACAGACAGGCAGGGUGAAUGCAUUCAUGCAGUGGAUAGAUCACUGCCGUGGCUCUUUCAUCUCCCGCAUUUUCAGAGAUGUUGUACAUUAGAAAUGAUAAAACACUUUUGGA